AGUCAUUUUGGCUCAAGCCGAUUCGGGCUCCAUGGUGUUUUCGGGCACCAGGUGCCGUCAGGUGACCGCAGGCGCACCUUUCACUUACAAGGCGCUGCCGGCGCACUGCGCUCAGGAGGACCCCAGCCAGGAUUCGGAGGAGGAUGUGCUCCGGGAGGCCGACGAGCUGCUGGCCGUGACCCGCCGCCCGAGGCUGCUCUGGUGUGGUGCCUCUGCCGCGGGGGCCUGUGCGCUCCUCGCCGCGGCCGCCGCCUUUCGCUGGCGCGCGGCGGACCCCGCCCAGCUGCGCAGGGUGCCCGGCGCCGUGCUGGCCGCGCCGGGGGAGCUGGUGCUGGAGCUGCAGGCGAACGCGUCGCCGGCGGAGGCGGGCUCUGCGGGGAGCUGCAGGGCGCGGCUGCGGCGGCUGCAGGAGGUGGCCGCGCAGAGGCUGGAGUCGCCGCCAGAUCCCCUGUUCCCGGCCGAGGCCUCCUCGGUCUCUGGCAGCGGGGGUAGCUGCGGCGACUCGGCCUCUAAGGCCUCCACGCACUGCAGCCACUUCAACCACUGGGGCACCCUGCGCUCCAUCGCAGAUCAGCAGGGGCUCCCAGAUGUGGUCGUCUUCGGCUCCUCUGUGCGCCCAGACGACGUUGACCAGGGCCGGCUGGGCGACUGCUACUUCCUGUCCGCGCUGGCGUCUGUUGCGCACGCAUGUCCGACGUGCAUCAUGGGCAUGUUCGUCCAGAGGCACAAUGAGAAGAAUGGAGUCUACACCACCAGGUGGCUCCUGGACGGAGUGGAGAUGGAGGUCUCGGUUGACCACCUGGUCCCCGCGAAGUACGCCACCCCCUACUUCGCCCAGGUAUCGAACGGCGUCUUCUGGCCAGUCAUCCUGGAGAAGGCAUGGGCGAAGAUCCUGGGGUCUUAUCAUGCUGCCGAAGCGGGAAACUGGCUGAGCGCUGUAGGUGCCAUCACUCGCUCUCCCGUGAAGUCCGUGUGGCACCCGGAUUUAACGCAGGACGACCUGUGGAACGAGCUGGAACGUGCCUCGAGCAUGCAUUUCCCAGUCGGAGCCAGCACUGGAGACGGCGCGAGCAGCUAUAACCUCCCUGUGUCCCAUGCCUACGCGGUCAUCCUGGCACACGUGGAUCCCAAGUAUGGGCGCGUUGUUCGUUGCUUCAACCCUUGGAAUUCGGAUAGGUACCGCGGCGCUGUUCCAAACGAGAACAAGGGAGACGGCAUUUUCGACAUGAAGCUGGAUGAGUACUACCACGCGUUCAGGACAACGCAAAUAGGACUGGUUACCCCUAAUUACAUUUCCUCCUUUCAUGCGCUCCAGGUGUCGAAGCAAAUGAGCGCCCUGACUUUUUCAAUAGCUUCCGAAGAUACGUUUCAUGUGUCUCUUGUAUGGCCCAUGCGGAAGUUAGUCGAGCCUUGCCAGUUGAGACCUUCUGUAACUUUGGCGAUCGCCAGGCAGGCUAAAAGUGGCACAUUUGGUGAGAUAUUCCAUGGCGAAGAGAGCAACGACGCUGCGGUGAACAUGGUUACCGCCAAGGCCGCCGGAGGGAUUGGCACCUAUGAUGUGUUCGUGAGUGCGGAUUUCCCCAGCGAAGUCGCGGAUCGGGUUGUCGUGGUCGUGUACGCAAGCGAGGAAGUGAGCAUAACAAGUUCUCCGAAGUCCGCUUCCGAGGUGGCCCUGGCAAUGUUUGGCCCCGAGUGCAACGAGAGCCACGUCAGCUUCGUGGAGCACGGCGUUUUCACACCGAGUCCAGACAAGCUCGUGCGUGGCAUACCUACGUAUUGGAGCAUCGACGACGCGGAGUUUGCCUACUACACCAGCCGCCUCUGGUUCGUCACCAGUGCGGCUCACUGGCAGGCAGUCUCGCAGGGGAAGCUGUACUACAGCGCCAGGGUCGCCGCGCGGGAGGCCGGCUGCGGCUGCCUCGACGCGCCCACGGGCGUGCGCGGCUUCGACGCGCCCUGCGCGCGGGUCUCGCCCCCGCACCUCAAGUACUCCAACGUGGCCUGCGAGGGCGCGCAGUACUCCGCGCUGGUCCGCCGCUGCUGCCCCGUGACCUGCGGAGCCUGCCCCACCGCAGCGGGCCCGGCGCCGGCCAGCCCGCGGACGCUGCCACCGACGUUGACUUCGACGCUGGCGUUGACGACGACGACGACGACGACGACGACGACGACGACGACGACGACGACGCCCACGACACCGACGCACACGCCGACGGCGCCGAGUGCCGCGCCGCCUCUGGCGCUUCCAGCGGUGCCCGUAGCCCAGGCGCCGACGCCGCCGACGCCGACGGCGCCGACUUCGACUCCAGCGUCGACGACGACGGCGCGCACGACGCUGACGCCUACGCCGUCGACGACGACUUCGACGACGGUGUCGACGACGAUGGCGCCCACGACGCCGACGCCGACGCCAACAGCGCCGACUUCGACACCGGCGUUGACGACGACGGCGCCCACGACGCCUCCGCCGACGCCCAUGCCGACGGCGCCGAGUGCCGCGCCGCUCCCAACGCUUCGAGCGGAGCCUGGAGCCCAGUCGCCGACGCCGCCGACGCCGACGGUGCCGACUUCGACGCCGGCACUGACGACGACGCCCACGACGUCGACGCCGACGCCGACGGCGCCGACGACGGCGUCCACGACGCCGACGCCGACGCCGACAAGGAUAACUUCGACGCCAGCAUUGACGACGACGACGCCCACGACGCGGCCGCCGACGCCGAUGCCGACGGCGCCAAGUGCCGCGCCGCUCCCAGCGCUUUCGGCGGAGCCUGGAGCCCAGGCGCCAACGCCGCCGACGCCGACGGUGCCGACUUCGACGCCGGCACUGACGACGACGCCUACGACGUCGACGGCGACGCCGACGGCGCCGACGACGGCGCCGACGACGGUGCCCAUGACGCCGACGCCGACACCGACGAGGAUGACUUCGACGCCAGCAUUGACGACGACGACGCCCACGACGCUGCCGCCGACGCCGAUGCCGACGGCGCCGAGCGCCGCGCCGCUCCCAGCGCUUCCAGCGGAGCCCGUAGCCCAGGCGCCGAUGCCGCCGACGCCGACGGUGCCGACUUCGACGCCAGCCUUGAAGACGGUGCCCACGACACCGCCGCCGACGCCGACGGCGCCGACUUCGACGCCGGCGUUGACGACGACGGCGCCCACGACGCCGCCGCCGACGCCGAUGCCGACGACUGCGCCGAGUGCUGCGCCGCUCCCGGCGCUUCUGGCGGAGUCUGCAGCCCAGGUGCCGCCGCCGCCGACGCCGACGGUGCCGACUUCGACGCUGGCCUCGACGGCGGCGCCCACGACUUCGGCGCCGACGCCAGUGGCGCCUCUGGCAGAGGCGGGCGGCGGCGAGCAGCGCCCUCCCAUGCAAGCCGUGAGCGAGGACGGGCGCGGUGGUUCAGGAAGGUUUUUCUGCGGCGUGCUGCCAGUCCAGUGGUGCUCGGUCAGCUGGCUCAACUGGGUCAGGUCGAGCUGCAGCAGCCGUUGCCUGGUCCAUCCCGAGUAGCAGAAGGAUCGCUGCCCAAAGCUUGCCACAGCCAGCUGCAGCAUCGUUUCUCGGGGACGAACACGACCGUGAAACCAUGUUCGCAACCGCCAUUGCGCACAGUGUGGUGGACACGCUUCAGGGUAGAUUAGCGAGUGUGAUAGGUCAUGUAUAUUAUGCCACGGAUGAAUGCCUGCAGACCGUAGUGUACAUACUGGAGCGGCUCCCAGAUUCUUCCUGUGCGAAGGUCGUGGCGAGUGAUGGUAGGUAGGUUCGGGAGGUCGGCCGGAGGAAGACGGCAUGUCCCGCGAGGCUUUCGAGCUACACGCUCGGCGGUGUCGCCGGCGGUCCCGCGAGGCUUUAGAGCUACAGACUCGCUCGACGAGGCUUGGACGACGGGCGGUCCCGCGAGGCUUCCGAGCUACAGGCUCGGCGGGGUCGCCCUGGCGGCCGCCUGCUCCUCGGGAGGGGGAACAAAUAUCA